UCUCCUUUCCCUUUUUCCCUCUUAUAAAUGUCUACUGAAGUUACUUUUCCAAAAACUUCAAGUAUCAUUCUUACCUCUUCCUCCCUCAAUCAUGUCUCUUUGAUCAUAUCCCCAUGAUUUUGAGAAUUUGAUGUAAUCAUUUCCUUUUUCGACUUACCGUCUCCACUCCUCUCUCCCUUUUCCAUUAUUCACUUAAUCCCACUUCGCAUAAUUACAAGCCCAAAUCUACACGUGGCCUCUCCAAGGAUACCUGGUCGAUCUCAUAUUCAGAUAUAAUAAAGUUAAAUCAUUUGCAGGUUGUGAUCUCUUUUCAUGCGAUGCCUCUCGCUGUUUGUGCGUGCGGGAGCCGGCAGUCUCGUUCUCUGUUCAUGCUCUGGGUUAUGUCUUCUUCUUGUUCUUCUCUUUACUUCACUAUCUCUUUCUGCCGCUGAUUCUCGUCCAGCAAUACUUCUAAUUAUUCAAAGAAUAUAAGCAAGAAAAUACAGAGAGAGAGUGAGAGAUAAAGUAGGAAAUGAGAAAAGCUGGUUGCAUUAACCGUGCAAAUCGAAUAUCUAUUAGGCUUGUUUUUCAGUGCAUACGGGUCUUGAUCAGGAGAUCCAUUUAUUUCCUUCAGUACUGAAAUUGAUUAACAUAUUUCCACAUUUUUUUGUCGUCUCGAGAUCAUUCCUAACUUUUUUUUUUCCUUAGUUGAGAUGGGUCUGAUCGAACCCGUCUUCAUCUUUUACUUCCUUUAACGUACGCAAUCCAUGGGUGUGACCCCAUGGAUGUGAACUCCAUCGACCUCUCCGCCGUCGGAUUAUUCUUAGUUUUUGAUUCGUUUAGAUUUAGGAAAGAGUACUGAGACUGUAAGUGAUCAGAUCGAGAUGGGAAGGACUCCGUGCUGCAGUGCCGAAGGGUUGAAGAAAGGCGCGUGGACGGCCGAAGAAGAUCAGAAGCUCAUUGCUUAUAUUCAAGAACACGGCGAAGGUGGCUGGCGUACUUUGCCCCAGAAAGCCGGUUUACAGAGAUGUGGAAAGAGUUGCAGACUGAGAUGGGCUAAUUAUCUGAGACCUGAUAUUAAAAGAGGAGAGUUCAGUGCAGAGGAAGAAGAUAAUAUCAUUCGCCUUCAUGCUAUUCGGGGCAACAAGUGGUCAGCCAUAGCGAGGCGUUUACCAGGACGAACAGAUAAUGAUAUUAAGAACCAUUGGAAUACACAUCUUAAGAAACGCUUAGUCCAGAAAGGAAUUGACCCUGCAACUCACAAGCUCAUCAAUGGCGGAGCUCCCUCUCCUCAACAUGAUCAAAUAAACCCUACCCAAAACCAGACAACCUCAUCUAACCCUGAUGACGAUCUACCCUCACGCCCAUCUCGCCCUGUCUCUCUCUCCGCCAAGCUCCUCAACAGAGUUGCCACCAAGCUCGUCAUCUCAGACAACCACAACGCUCUCUCAGAAAUAAUAAAAAAUGGCGGUAACACGAUUAACAAUGUUAACGAUGUUCGUGAACGAUCAUUAAUGGAGUCUCCCACUGAAUCCAGAUUUUCCAGGAGUAAUUCCAUUACUUCUCGGCUGCUCAACAAAGUGGCCACCAGGCCUAACAUGUUACAAUCAAUCUUGUCGUCUUCAACACCUGCAUCAAGUCCUUCGGUUAGUAAUGGAUUAGUCGGAGGUAGCGUCCCGUUUUCGCCAUUAACGUACUGCGUUGAUCAUGAUACAGCUAAGGUGAUGAACGAAGAAGAAGAUUUCGUCAACAUGGUUCUUGCAGAAGACGACCAUGGAGCUACCGUUAACAACGUUGAUGAGUCUAGCUUUGAUAUUGACUCUUUGAGAGACUUUCUUCUUGAUGAUUCCGACAUUAGCGGUAGUACUGGAUCAGAUCAGACUUUCGUUAAUGGAGGAUCAGAAAGUAGUAACGAAGGUGGGGGAGUUGAAGAGAUUACAACUGCAAAUUAUUGGAACGAGGAUUUGGAAUUGGAAGAAAUUUAUGAUGGGUUCCUGGAUUUUAAUUAUGGAUCUCCGAAUGCACAGGUGUUCUGAUCAUCUGGAUCAUCAUCAUCUUCAAGUAGCUAGGUAGAUAAGGUUAAAGGAGUCAAGUACUUGAUUGAGUACGACUUCGUUUAGGUUCAUGGGAAAGCUGGAGUUUUAUGAAAAUGGCUUCUCUUGUUGAGAACCAGGAAGAGCAAUAAAGCGAAUCAAUUAAGGUUGAUUUGCAGGUCUCAGAACAUUCUCUUGCUAAAUAAUCGGACUUGGUUUGUUUACUUU